AUGCCAGCCAAAAUGCCAAUCAAGCGCAUGCGUGGAACCAAGUUUUUGGAGGGCAUGGAGCAAGAGAAUAUGUUUACAGGUCCGAAUAGGGGUAGCCACGGUACCAGAGAUCAGACGCGACUACAUACGAACCCGCUAGAAGGGCAUACCGAUGCUGACGCGACACGAUCUGUUACACCACCAGAGCAUAGUCAGGCCGUAAAUCGAGUCGAGGUUCUCGAAAGCCCCCAGAAUGUUGUCAAUACGCAGUCAUUAGACGUGCUGGAGUUAGAUGAUGGCAUAGACAUGGACAUGGGUGAUGCGUUCCAUCUCCUAGAAGAUCAAGGGCAGGAUCUUCUCGAAACUAUCAACCUUUCUGGUCCGCAUCGACAACAGCAACUACAUAUAGUUGAGCAACUUCUCGCUGUAAUUGCGGCUUUAAAGGAGCAAAUCGCUUCGCUACGAAAGCGCUCGCAGUUCUGA